ACCUGGAUGCUGCAUGGGGACUGGGAUUGUGGUGGGGGCGGGGCCAACGUCUGGUAUCCCAGCAACAGCGCUGAGCCCGCUGGGUACCGACCUGUUGAGUCAGGACCCGUCACGGAGAUGGAGGCACAAGUGUUGGACUCAAGCAGAUCCUUUUCAGAAGGAGAUUAUCCGAUUCUGGACCCGGACCUGUAUGACACAUACAGCUUUGACAUCCCAGACCCUGGUCUUCUCGUGGAAAAGAAUGAGUUGUCUUUCACGGAGCCGCCGCAGGUCCUUCCACUCUUUACUGGCAGCCAGCAGUGGCAAGGCAAGUCACCGAGUGCCCGCGCCCGCCAACUGUGGCUGCUUCUGCGUGGACGCCUCCACGACAUCGUCGAGAAGGAGAAGACAGCCGAGCUGCAUGUGGCCAGCCUUACGCACGGGCUGGAGCCGCUGCGCCACCUGGAGGUGGCGGCUGGGCUGCGUUCCGUGGCACCCGACCCCGUGGGCGGACGCUUCGUGGUGCUGGACUGCGCGGGCCACCUGCACCUGCACAGAGAGGAUGGCUGGGCUCAAGAGAAGCUCCCGGCACCUGUGGCACUUACGGGGCUGGUGGCAGUGCUGGGCCCGCUGGGUGCUGUGGGUCGCUUUGUAGGCUGGGGCCCUGUGGGGCUGGCCAUCCUAGGGCCCAGCUUCAACCUGCUGUGGCUGAGCCAGCCAGGUGUGGGUGGGGCGCCAGGAUGCGAACCUACCUGCUGCCUGCCGGCACCCGACUGGGGGCUGCUGCUUGUAGCCCAUGUGAGCGGCAGCUUGGCGCUCUGGAAAUUCCGCUCAGGUGGUCGCCGCCUGGUGCUGCGUGGGCUACCCCUGCAACCGCCACCAAGCCCAGCUGGCCAACUCAAGUGUCUGGCUCUGGGACCAGCACCUCCCUAUGAGGUCCGGUGCUGCUUCGCAGCCUGUGGUUCCGCCGUGCUCACCUUUGAUCUGCAGAUGUGGGCUCUCGUAGAUGUGCGCAGGGACCUGCACAAAACCACCAUCUCAGACCUGGCUUACUGUGAAGAGGUAGAGGCAAUGGUGACAGCUUCCCGGGACAGCACAGUGAAGGUGUGGGAGGCCGACUGGCAGAUCCGGAUGGUGUUUGUGGGCCACACAGGUCCAGUGACGGCACUGGCUGUGCUCCCGAACACUUCCCUGGCACUGUCGGCCUCACAGGAUGGGACGCUACGUACAUGGGACUUGCGGGCAGCGGCACAGGUGGGCGAGGUGGGGCUAUGCUACUGGGGCCAGGACGCGCGGUCAGGGCGCGUGAGUCACUUGUUGGCACCUGUAGGCCCUGGCUGGCCUGUGCUCUCAGUGUGUACAAACAGUGUGGAGCUGUGGCGCGUGCGAGAGCUUUACUCGCCACUGGCCCAUCUGCCCGCACCAGUGCUCCAUCUGCAGGUGGCGCCAACGCUUCCGGCGCCCAUGCACCCGUCGCUUCCCACGCGCCUUGUGUGCGCCUGCGCCGAUGGCUCAGUCAACCUGGUGUCCGCUGCGACUGGACGCACAGUGAGCGCGCUGCUGCUAGGACCCGAAGACUGCGCAGCUGCGGUGGCCUACUGCCUUCCGUGCGAGGUGCUCUGGCUGCUGACGCAGGCCGGGCACCUGGUGCGAGCCAACGCAGCCCUCAAUCCCAUGCUCGUGCUGCACCGGGUGCAGCCGCCGCCUCCCCAGGCACCACGGCCCUGCUGCCUGCACCUGUACAGCCACCUCACAGACCCUGGCAGCGCGUUUGCCUCUUGGGAGCUUGUGCGCCAGAACAGGGGCGAGCCGCACCGCAGCACUGUGGCCUGGGCCUGGAAAAACAAGAACCGGUUCUUGCCGGUGGUGGGGCACACUGACGGCACGCUGUCGGUGCUUGAGUGGUUCUCCUCCGAGAUUGUGUUCCACACCAAGGCUCACAGCCCGGGCCCGGUCACCGCUAUUGCAUCCACCUGGAACAGCGUCGUGUCUUCAGGCGGAGAUCUGACGGUGAAGAUGUGGCGAGUCUUCCCCUAUGCCGAGGAGAGUCUGAGCUUACUGCGCACCUUCUCCUGCUGUCACCCAGUCAUGACACUCUGUGCCCUUGGCAAACGUGUCACUGUAGGCUUUGAGGACCCAGACAGUGCCACCUACGGCCUGGUACAGUUUGGCCCAGGUGACAGCCAGAGAUUCGACCACCGGCCCCAAGAUGACCCCACGGACCACAUCACUGGCCUGUGCUGCUGCCCCACGCUCAAGCUGUACGCCUGCUCCAGCCUGGACUGCACUGUCCGCAUCUGGACCGCCAAGAACCGCCUGCUGCGGCUCCUGCAGCUGAACAGUGCCCCUCAGGCCCUGACCUUCUGCAGCAACAGUGGAGACUUGGUGCUGGCACUGGGCUCCCACCUAUGCCUGGUAUCCCAUGGGCUCUACCUGCCCACAUCCUACCUGGUUAAGAAACUGUGCGGGAAGGCUCCUGACAUGGUAGAUGACCCUCCACUGCCGUUGACCAGCCAGCAGUCGCUGACCUCUGCCCAGCUGCAGAGGCUUGCCAGCCUACAUGGGGAAGCCAGCCUCAGUGCUGCCUUGUCCUUCAUCCAUCAUGAGAUGGUCCCUCCUCAGCAACCAGUGGCGAAGGAGGACUUGGAAGCUCUAGUGGCCCGGGAUCAAGACCUUCAGCAGCUGAGGGUGGGGCUGGUGGUCCCAGCAGACCGGCCCCCACCCUCCUGGCAGCAACGCCAGGAAGCCUUUGACAAUUACCUACACCUGAUCUAUGGCACCAGCAUGCUGGGCGUGCAGUCCGGAAAGGAGUCCUGGCAGUGGAACACUGGGAACCUCACAGUGGAGAGAGAGAUCUGGAACAUGUGUGCCCUGCCCAGAGCUGCCCCCUGUCUCUGGCAGGCUGGGGUCAGCCCUGAAACCCAGACACUACCAAUAUCCCUGCCCCCUCAGGACCUAGGGACCCUAGGCCAGCGCUAUGCCCGCCCUCCUCGAGUCACCUUGCCCAUCCCACCCACCCACCGAAGGGUGCAUAGCAGGGCCUCACGGCUUCUGGCUCGCUCCUCCCUAUGCCACGACCUGGGUCUAAGCCUGGAUCUGCAGCUACAGUGGGAGCAGCUCCAAGGGUGGACGACCACAGCUCAGUACCCACCAUCUUCCCACCUGAGGCACAGGGUCCCCCUGCUGCUGAAGAGACGGCCCAAGGAGCCUCUCUCUAACUUUGGGGGCUUCUUUCCUGCCACCGCACAACCCUACAAGUAUCCGCUGCCCAUCAGCUUCCCAGGCUGCGUGCCCAACUCUGUGGUGCUGCAGAAGAUGUGGCUGCCUGGAGAGGUCAGCUGCCCAAGCUCCCUCGCCUGGCUCACGCCCCAGAAGAGAUGUAAGUCGAGUACCAGCCAGGAUGACCUAUGGCUGCAACGGCACAGUAGGCAGUUUCGCACCCAGUGGCAAAAGGAAAUCACCUCGUGGUUUGGGGAGGGGGUUGGGGAGGAGGAGGGAGAGGAGGAAAAUCUGGACCUGGAGGAUGACUGGAUCUCGGAACAGCAGCUAAAACCCCAAGAACUGGUUCCUGGAGAGGGCUCUGCAGAUUUAACCCUGGAGCCCUCACACUCCCCCGAAGCUGCCAGGACUGAGACCAGAUGGAAAUACUACGGGCAUGAGUCUUGGGAAGAGUACUUAGGACAUUUGCCCAGGUUCCUGCAUUUUUUCGUCUGCCAGGACUGGUUCAAAAGGCUGUUCCCCAACUUCAGCCUGGAGGCAUACCCUGACAUGGCCAGAGUGGAGGGCCUGGUGUCAGCACUCCUGGACCUGCUGAAAGAGGCCACGUGGGAGGACCGAGUGCACAUUUUGCAUGCGCUGCUGCGGCUGCUUCCCGACAUGAGCAGCACCCUCCAAGGGCAACUGCAGGACACCGUCCUGUACUUGCUUAACCUGGACCAGCCUCCCAGCUUUCAGGACCAGACACAGAAGCAGUUUGUGAUGCUGGCGCUGCAGCUGCUUCUGGCCUGUUCCCUGGAGACCCGAGAUGUGGUGCUGGAGCUUAUGACCUACUACCUCUACUCACCAGCCCCCUGCCUGCCAGAGAUCAAGAAGGUGCUGGACGGGCUAGGCCUAUGGGACCCAGAGGACUUCCUGUUCAAGGAGCUGCUGACCUGGGUCCAAGGCCGUAACUUAGAGUCUAAGGCUGCACUGCGUAGGCGCUGCUCCCAGAAGCUGGAGGACCUGAUCCAGAAGCUGCAGCAGGUGGACACCGUGCAGGCACCAACUAUAGCCCAGUUGUCUACAGUGCUGUCCAGGAUUUCAGAUGAUACCUUGGUGGCACUUUCUGCUUCCAAGGAGACUGCAGCAUUGCAGGCUUUGAUGUUUCCCAGGCCACUUGCAGGCACCUCAUUGACACCUUCAGUCACCUCAUGGUCUCCCUCCAGCAUCUCUGAGAGGCUCUCACAUGCCUUGGAGAUGCCUGUGCUGGCGUUCUCACCUGCAGAGCCAGAUGCAACUGCUCUGCAGACAUACACCCGGCGCAAGCUCUCGAAUAUGCUGCAAACCUUCCCUGCAGUGCCCCAGACCCGAGCCCGCUCCUCUGUGCCGUUGAUGCUACCUGACCAGCUGCUGCCGCUAGAGAAGACGGACUGGUCACGGUCACAGAUGCUGGACCUAGGCCUCAUUGACAUGCUCAAUUUAUUCUGCCUGCAGCAACGGGUGUGGCAGCAGAGUUUGAACAAGGAGACUGCAUUCCCACGCCUGCCAGGGCCCAACACAGUGGUGCCACCUCCCCGCGCUCAGUGGCGCCACCCCAUUCUCCGGCUUCAGGAGGUCAAGAAGGUUCCAGGCUCUAGGACGAGACUGAGGGGCCGGAUGCUGUCCAGGCUCUGUGCUGGCCACACCCUUGACGGCUCUAUCCGGAUGUUGAAGCUGCCACUGCCCCGAGUAGAACUGCAGCCUUUCCCGCCCGGCUGGCCCAGGCCCACCCGCUCUCGGCCCCCACUGCUCCUGCAGCCUGCCCUGCAGCGCUACUUCCUAUUGGAUGACACGGACCCUGACAGCUACCACUGAGCUAGCUGAUUGGCUGCCUGAUGCCCCCACCUUCCCUUACCUCCAGCGUUAGGAGUAGUACCUGCUGUAGAGCCUGUCAUUGGCCUUGACCAAGGCCCAGUGUAGAAUAAAGUCCAGGAGUUUCAGCAA